AACUGUGAGUUCGCAGUCGGCAGUUCGCACAUGCGCCGAGGCCACGUCUCGACAAAUACAUGUUUCACAAAAUACUUCACUUGCCGUCACUCCUCCGUUCGCGUCGGACUAUUCUCGUUCCGAUCGUGAAAAUGAUUUCAAUCAGACACAAAAAGUGAUAUAGUUGUGUGAAAGUUUAUAAACUAUGCUUGGACAUUUUGACUGACGACCUAUUCAGUAACAAAUAUUGAUCCAGUGAAUGCUGAAUUAGUGAAUAAGCGUGCAUAUUUUUAUCACGCCACGUGCGUACUGUUUACAUACUAAUUGUGAUUGAUUUUUUUACGGCAUGGGAGAAGAAAUUCAAGUCGUCGAGGAUAAAGUAACCUUAAAACGGAAAAUAACGCUUUUUAAUGGCGUUGGUAUUAUAAUAGGGACUAUUAUUGGUUCUGGAAUAUUUAUAUCUCCCACUGGCGUUUACCUCUACACUGGAUCUGUGGCCGCAUCGCUGAUAAUAUGGCUUGUAAGUGGUCUUCUGUCUACGUUGGGAGCGCUGUGUUACGCCGAGCUUGGCACUUCUAUCACGAGGUCUGGCGGUGACUAUGCCUAUAUCUACACGGCGUUCGGGCCUUUGCCGGCCUUUCUUCGGAUGUGGAUCGCUUUAUUAAUCAUAAGGCCGACGACACAGGCAAUUGUUGCACUUACUUUCGGUCAUUAUGUCGUUAAGCCGUUUUUCCCCGACUGCGAUCCGCCGGAAGACGCCGUCAAAUUAUUAGCAGCAGUUUGCCUUUGUGUUCUGACUGCUAUUAACUGCAUCAGCGUUCGGUACACGAUGCGGAUUCAGGAUGUGUUCACGACUUCGAAGCUACUUGCAUUGGUUGUGAUCAUUAUUUCUGGACUCUACUAUAUCGGAAUAGGUCACACGGAGAAUUUCAAUAAUGCAUUUGCGGGGGAAUAUGGCGCUGGUAAGAUAGCGCUCGCCUUUUACUCUGGACUGUUCGCGUUUGGUGGAUGGAACUACCUCAACUUCGUGACAGAAGAACUCCAAGACCCAUACAAGAACCUGCCUCGAGCUAUAUGGAUUGCCAUGCCGAUGGUGACAAUAAUAUACGUGAUGGCAAACUUGGCUUACUUUGCAGUUGUCUCCAAGUCUGAGAUGACUUCCAACCCUGCUGUUGCAGUGAUGUUCGGCGACCGCCUGUUCGGCAGCUGGAGCUGGUUGAUUCCCGUGUUCGUCGCCUUGUCAACCUUCGGGGGGGUGAACGGGGUAUUGUUCACAUCUGCCCGACUAUUCGCGACCGGUGCUCAAGAAGGACACAUGCCUGCUUUCUUCUCCCUCUUCCACACCGAAAAACAAACUCCAAUACCAUCCCUUAUUUUUACGUGUUUCUUCUCUCUACUGAUGCUGACGACCAGCAACAUCUUCGACCUCAUCAACUACUUCUCUCAAACGCUGUGGCUCUCAGUCGGUGCGUCAGUUGUGGGUAUGCUCUGGUUGCGAAGAACAAAACCGGACUUACCACGGCCAAUUAAAGUUAAUCUAGCGAUACCAUUGUUGUUCCUCAUAGCAAUUGCCUGUUUGGUCCUCAUACCAGCCAUCACUCAACCUAUCGACACAGCUAUAGGUCUUGGAAUUCUUCUAUCUGGCAUCCCCGUGUACUAUGUGUGCGUUAGAUGGGAAAAUAAGCCUGUCGCUUACCACACAGCUUCCGGGUAUUUGCUGAGAUUUCUCCAAAAACUUUGCUCUUGCAAUUAUGUGGAAUCGUUAGAGAAAUUGUCGAACUAAGCCUUAUGUACUGAGAUUAAUUUUAAAGGACCAAUAUUGUAACAUGUUUAUGUGGUGUGACGUAAGCUUAUUUAUUGUAAAGCAAUGAUAUUAUAAUAUACUAGCAACUACUGCUGACCCAGCAAACGUUGUAUUGCCAUAUAAAAUAAUAAAAAAGUUUUUGGGGAGUAAAAAGUAGAUGCAACCGAUUCUCAGACCUACCAAAUUUGUCGUACUACAAUUAUUGUAAGUAUUGAUCCAUUGCCAUCUUGCAACUCUAUAGCGGAUUUGUGGAUGGAACAUAAUGAUAUAAAAAGCGCGAUACAAAAAUAGGGGUUGAUCGUAGAGAGUUGAAAAUUUAGGGUUGUAUGUAUUUUUUAUAUGUUGUAUCACAAAAAAUUACGUCCAAAAAAAUUUAAAAAUAAUUUAGGGGUGGACCGGACCACCCUUAACAUUUAGGGGGAUGAAAAAUAGUUAGUAGCAGAUUCUCAGACCAUUCAUUCAGUAGAAUAUGCAUAUAAAAUUUGGUAAAAAUCAGUAAAGCCGUUUCGGAGGAGUAAGGUAACUAACAUUGUGACACGAGAAUUUUAUAUAUACCUAAGAUUUAAAAGGGGCGAUUAUUUCUUAUCGAGUCUCGAAGGCUGUCCUAAUUUGGAACGCAUUUUAUAUUAUUUGACAGUAUGCUGUAUGGUAAUGUCGAUGCUUACUCAAACAUCGACGGAGUUAUUACAAAAAAAUAAUUUAAACAUGGAUUACGGCCGUUCCCAAUAUUCAGUAUCUCUUACUUGAGAUAAAAAUCGUAACUAUCGUUGACUUUUCUGUCCCAAUAAAUUUAUCGACGGUAACUCAAUCCGUGCACGCUGUCUGUAAAUGGGAUGACGUAUAGCUUACCAGCGAUAUAAAGUUUGUAUGAAAAUUGCAAUUCACGCGUAUCUAUAUAAGGCGAUAAGAAUGACUUAUCGGGUAUGUUGGGACAGCUUCAGAUUAUUGACAGCAAAUUACUAACAGUAGAACUGUUGAAACUUGGCAAGUAGAUGUAUUUUUACACAAAAAUAGGGAAAAAAAUUUCUUUCAUCAAACCCAAACGUGUGGGGAUCUAUAGAUAGGUCUUCAAAAAUAAUGUUGAGGUUUCUAAUAUAUUUUUUUUUCUAAACUGAAUAAUUUGCGCGAGAGACACUUCCAAACCCCUCCUGUAACUUCUAAAAUAAGAGAACGAUAGAACUAAAAUAAAUAUAUUAUGUACAUUACCAUGCAAACUUCCACGGAAUAUUGGUUUCAACGAUAUCUAGUAAGAAGUAUUUUUUUAUACGUCCUAAAUCGUUUGUUACUAGCCGCUACGGAACCCUUAAUGGGCAUGUUCGACUCCCACUUGGCCGCCUUUUUUUGACGAUGUAACGUAUAUUUAAUAUCAUUGCUGUGUAGUUUAAUAUUAUGACAAUAUAACUCAGACAUUUUGUCGCAGAUCGAGAACAAGGAUGUGAUAUUUUAUUGCUUAGUAAUAAUAAAAACUUAAUACUCUCGAUUGCUUUUGUUUAUGGCAUUCUACAAUUUUAUAAAAUGGUGACGAAACAACUAAAUAAAAGUAUUAUCUGUGACAUGUUAAUAACAUUUUGAUAUCUAUUUUUAUAUUUUGUUAUUUACUGUAAAAAGCAACUUAUUUAUUAAAACUAACACACAUUAAGUACCUUAAACUCACGGACUAGUAAAAAAAUAAGGACUCCGUGUCACCUUACAUAACAGUGUAGCACCAAAACAAGCCAAUUAACGUGUAAAUACAUAGCCCCACGCACACACUUACACUACUACUACACAUUAUGAUAAUUGUCAUCGUCUGUGACAGAUCAGUUUGCGUCUCAAUAAAAUAUUUUAAAAAGGCCGUCGUGCGUUAUGGAAAAGUGUAAAAUGGAUACUAUAUAAGUAUUUGUGGCCAUAUAUGAUUAUUUAAGGGAGAAAAAAUUGUGUUACUACUAUCCCCGUAACCGCACACACACUAGCAUAACGGUGCUUCACUUGCUAAUAUCACGGCGCGGUGUCCUUCUUCUUUUACUCGUCCGUGCUUAAACUAUAUUUAUUAAGACGUUAAAUAAACUUAAGAAACUAAGUUAAACGCUGCUCUCAUUUAUCAGUGAAAAUAGUACUGUACGUUGGAUAGGUAUGACAAUAACUGCCGAUUAUGGAUCUGAUACGUGAAUUUUAGCUUAAAUUAAUUUAAAAUACCGUUCCUAUGUUUGUAGCUGCAAUAUCGUGUUUGUGAAACGAAAUAUCAACUUAUCUAAUAAAUACAUGAAAGAAUAUUGGCUUAUGCUGCAAA